UCCGUACAGUGCCUUUCACGUCAGGACGACAUUUCAAAACUUUACAGCUAAAGAGUUAACACAGUGGCCUGUGAUAUUCUCCCCUCGGCUGCACUUUGUGGACCUUACACUUAGAUUAGAAUCCCAGUUAAAGUGGAAUUUGGACUCCCAGCGGAGUCGGAUUGCUUUCGAAAAGAUGAGUUAUUGGGGGAACUAAAAGGUCCAAAAAUAGCGCAAUGGAGUAAGGAUUAUCAUUAUAAGACAAUCUAAUAAUAUCUGAUCCGUAGCAAUAUCGAGGAGAGCCUCCUGACGUGAAAGGCACUGCACAAAUGUAACUUGUUGUUGCACAGAUGGUGGCGUACCUCCCAACGCUGGGAGUUUUAGCAGCGAGUCUGUUUCUGGUUUUCCUGUUGCUGCGGAGAAUGGUCAGGACACACAGCGCGACAGCUAUAUUCUGGCACACCGUCCUCCAGGAGAAAAUGACGAACCUGGUGAAGGGCAAGAGCAGGGAGAGCAGGAUCUUAGAUUUUGUGUUGCAGAACGGGGUGAGGGGAGAUGCAAAAAGUGUGGUGGAUUCCAUCGAUAAAUACUGCAGAGAACAGGAAUGGGCCAUGAAUGUGGGCGAUGAGAAAGGCGCCAUCUUGGACAAGGUGCUGGAAGAAGCGAAUGCGUCCACAGUGCUGGAGUUGGGAACAUAUUGUGGCUACUCCGCCCUGAGGAUGGCACAAGUUCUAAAACCGGGAGCUCGUCUGCUCACCAUUGAGUUCAACCCGGCCAACGCCAACAUUGCCAAACAAGUCUUCCAUUUCGCUGGGGUUGAGGACAAGGUGAGCAUCCUGGAGGGCUCCACGGAGGACAUUAUCCCGCAGCUGAAGAAGAAGCACGAUGUGGACACGCUAGACUUUGUGUUUCUGGAUCAUUGGAAGGACAGAUACGUCCCGGAUACAAAGCUCCUGGAGGAGUGUGGGCUGCUGAGGAAGGGCACUGUCCUGCUGGCAGACAACGUGAUCAGCCCGGGAGCCCCCGAGUUCCUGCAGUACGUACGCGGAAGCUCUCGCUACGACUGCACCCACUACCCCUCCCACCUGGAGUAUAGCGAAGUGGAGGAUGGGCUGGAAAAGGCCGUGUUUAAGAGCUAACUAACGGCUCAGCAAACGCGCGUCGUGUCGGGAAAGCGAGACGGUCACCGGUGCUCGACGCGGCCUCAAAUAGUGUCAAUUCGUGGGUUUGUAUAAUUUUUAGUAGCAGUGAUAUUUUGGGAGGAAAGAACUUAAGGACAGGAUUGUGAAUUUGGAAUAGCUGUUCCCUUGUGUAUCGAAGCUUUCUGAUAGUACAAUGCGCCCCCUUCCUAAGCGUCCGUCCCAAACCCAGCUGAACAGGUUUCCUUUGCGAGAGACCCCAGGCUGCUGCGUGAUCCUGUUGCAGAUGUAGAGGUCACUGUUCUGGGGAUGAUAAAUUGUAACCCGAAUUUUGCUGAGAAAUAACAAGAGAAGCCAAGAUUCCUAAUCGCAUGCCAGACACUCAUUGUUGGGAUUUAAUAUUUACACUUUAGUUUGGUUCAGGUUUCUGCUCACAACUCAAUGUCAAUGUGUGCCACAUGAUAAACUACAGACUGUAAUAAAACACACUGGAUUGCUCCUCGCUGGG